AUGGAUGUGUGGGACGUCAACAACCCGUCUCGCCCGCCGCUGACAGGGGGCAACGCGACGGAAUUGGGAAUCGGCUCAUCUCGCCGCCAAUCUGGGGUUGUGAUUCGGGAGAACGCGGGUCAGCCGCAGGAGCAGGCGCGCGGGGUUAAUCGUGAAGGGGACGUCGACCCUUUCAAACUAGGGUUUGAUCGAAUUAUGUCUCGUUUCGAUCAAUUGGAGAUGCGUAUGGAUAAUUCUGAUCGUCGGAUGGAUAAUAUGGAGGGUCGACCCAUACAGGAGGAUGAUCUCUCGGUUGAGGAGUCCGAUUCCGACGAUCGCGAGUAUCGUUCUUAUCGCGAUACGUACGGCCAGCCCAAGGAUUGUAAACCUAGACGUCAGGCAGGUUAUCGCGGAGGGCGACCGCCACGGGGCGGGCGAAAGGACGUGUAUAAAGGGCGUGAUUCUUAUCGACGAGAGGAGGGAGCAUCGCCCGAUACACGCCCGCGGCGCACGACAAGUUGGGACCGGCCCUCUGCGCGCCUGAAAGGGGGCCCUACUCGCCGCCCAACGGUGUGGGACAGUCCCCGACAUCGGGAGCAGGGUGCUUGGAGACAUGGAGGUGAUGACAACACGGGCGUCACUAUGCGGGCACCGCACUUCGACGGCUCAAAUGCGACGAAUUGGAUAUCACGCGUCGAAUAUUACUUUAAUCACAAACUGAUGCCCGAGGAGGACAGGCUACAUUACACAGUUAUGUUAUUCGAACCUCCGGCGGCAGAAUGGAUUUUUAACUAUCAGAAGAACAAUCCCUACGUUACUUGGCCCGAAUUUUUGGAGGACGUACGUCAUCGCUUUGAUCCUCAGAGUUUCAAGAAUUAUACGGGUCCCCUUGCGAAAUUGGUACAAACGGGCUCUGUUACUGAAUAUCACAACACCUUUGAGAGGUAUUUGGACAGAGUCCAAGGUCUUUCGGACGAGGCAUUGAUCCCAAUCUUUAUUGAGGGUUUGAAACAACCGCUCCAGGAGACGGUGGAGUUGCAACAACCGCAAUCACUAGCCGAGGCAAUGGCGCUGGCGCUGCGGUUGGGAGCAAGUCAGGAGCAGCGCGCGCAGCAGGCUGCUGCAACCCAGAAGCGGCAGUGGCAGAACAGGGACUCCCGGCUCGCUGCGGGGGCCCCGACGACCAGCUCCGCCCCACCACCGACUGGGGCGCCAUCGACCAACACUCGCUUUGCUCCAGUCAGGGUUUCGCUGGCUGAAAAAUCGGAGAGAUCGAGGAAGGGGUUGUGUUGGCAUUGCCCCGAGAAAUAUACCCCGGGACAUGUGUGUACGGUGAAAUUGUUGUGUUAUGUCGGGGAGGAGGAUGACGAGGAUACACGACCGGAUACCGAGUGUCAAUUACAGGAUGAUCAUGUUAUCACGGCAGACCUAUCUCACCUGCAUUCGUUGAAUGGGAACAGCCGGUCUAGGCCAUUUAGGGUGACAGGAAACAUUGGAUCAACGGAGGUGGGCGUACUUAUUGAUACAGGGAGCACCCACGACUUCCUGCACCCGCGAAUUGUGGAGCGCCUCCAGCUCGCUUUGACACCUAUUCGACCCUUUCGGGUAUACGUCGGAAACGGAGCCUCGUUAUUAUGUGCCCACGUGUCUCGUCGCACGAAGUUGACUAUACAAGGUGCUCAGUUUUUGGUGGAUUUGCACAUUCUGGAAGUGCAUGGAGCGGAUGUGAUCCUAGGGAUGGACUGGCUCGAAUCACUUGGCAAAAUCUCGGCGGAUUUUGUUGGGAAAACCCUGGAGUUCCGACGGGGAGAAGAUGCGAUCGUGUUGAAAGGGGAUAGACCGGGACCGCAGCAGCUGUCCUUGAAUUCAUUGAUGAUGCUGGCAGCUCACUCUCCAUCACACGAAUUUUAUGAGAUUGUGCCCUUCGAUUCCGAACCGGGGACAGGCGAGUUGUUAUCCGUCGAACCGUGUUUUCCACCUGAUCUACCGCCACAGUUUAGAGCAGUAUUGGAGGCUCAUCAGCAGGUGUUCGCGUUGCCAGUAGGGAUGCCCCCUAAGCGAGCUUUCGAUCAUAAAAUCCAUUUGCUCCCCAACACCAAACCAAUUAACGUGCGACCAUACCGUUACCCUUACUUUCAGAAGAACGAAAUCGAGCGUCAGGUUCAGGAGAUGUUAGAACAAGGGAUAAUACAGAAAAGCCAGAGCCCUUUCUCGUCUCCAGUAUUGUUGAUUCGGAAGAAGGAUGGUUCUUUCAGGUUUUGCAUAGAUUAUCGUGCCCUGAACUCGGCGACUAUUCCGGACCACUUCCCGAUCCCGACCGCGGAUGAACUAUUCGAUGAGCUAGGUGCGGCCAAGUUCUUUACGAAGUUGGACUUACGUUCGGGAUAUCACCAAAUUCGGAUGAACGGCGAGGAUAUUUUUAAGACUGCAUUCCGCACCCAUGAUGGGCAUUUUGAAUUCCUGGUCAUGCCUUUCGGACUGAGGAACGCGCCGUCCACGUUUCAGGUAGCCAUGAACGGAAUAUUUCAGCCCUUACUCCGAAAAUUCGUCAUCGUGUUCUUCGACGAUAUUUUGAUAUACAGUCCGUCUCUGGAGGCCCAUUGCGAACACUUGUCCGAGGUUCUAUCCUUACUACAGUCCCAUCAGUUCUUCGUAAAGUUGACGAAGUGCGUGUUCUGCAGCACUACUGUCGAGUACUUAGGCCAUCUCAUUACGGAGGGCCUCUUGAAGGCGGAUCCGGCGAAAUUGGAAGCUAUGACCGCUUGGCCUACCCCGCGGUCGGUCAGGCAGUUACGUGGAUUUUUGGGGUUGACCGGGUAUUAUCGCCGCUUCGUCGCGAACUACGCCAUGAUUGCAGCUCCCCUUACUGAUCUUUUAAAAAAGGACGCCUUCGAGUGGGAUGCCGGGGCAGCGGACGCCUUCGAAGCUCUCAAGUUAGCUAUGACGUCGGCGCCGGUGUUGAGUCUGCCCGAUUUCUCGAAGCCAUUUUGUAUUGAAACGGAUGCCUCCGAUGUCGGCAUUGGGGCAGUGAUCAUACAGGAUGCUCAUCCGAUCGCCUUCUUCAGCAGGAAAUUGGGGCCCCGUCGACGAGCUGCUUCCACUUAUCACAAGGAGUUAUUUGCUAUUGUGGAAGCCGUCCAAAAAUGGCGCCAGUACUUGUUGGGAGGGAGUUUGUAA